UUUGUAGUCGGCGCAUGACAAAUUUCCCGGGCACUCAAAACGUGUCUGUCAUGCUACUUAGACAAAGGGGUGUCCUUCUGUCGUGCUAAUCAGCAGCCCAAUUCUUCACCCCUAGCAGGACAAUAGUCGGCCUCCAUUGUGUCCUAUGCAAUACAGUGUUUUUUGCCUGGCAUUUCAUGCAUCACAAAUUAUUUCCACGUUGAGGAUUUCCAUUCUGAGGCUUUCAUACGGCCUCGGCGUCAACAUCAGGAACGACGACCAUCUAUCCUGUGCAAAAGUAUCGUAUUCGUACAAAUGCAGGUCUGGCAUUACAAAUCAUUUUCUUAAAGGCAAAUCCGCAUUACAAAUGUUAUUUCUCAUGCUGAGAAAAUUUGUAAUGCAUUUAUACGAAUACGAUACUUUUGCAGUUCAUACCAUCAGAAGCUGGAUGCGUCUCUAUGGCGAGGAAAAAAUCAUAUCUUCUCUCGUGCUCGUCCCUUCUACAGUACUAAAACUCGCAAGAAAUUAUACAUCUGUAGUGAUGGUGAUGCCUCAUUUAUUGUGUACUACUUACAUGGACUUUUUGUCCUUAUCUAUUGCAGACAGGGGAAACCGAAACGGAAGACAUGUGAACAUUCUUCUACUUCUGCCGGUCUUACAGGCGUUUUUUGCUUCGGCCACGGCGCCAGAGAUCAUGUUGCCUGCCGUGGUUUAUUGCUAAUCGGAUGUUGGGUCAUACUCAAACAGUGCAAUAAUUCUACAUGUAUGCCUCAAAGAGGAAGCGCAGCAACAACAAGCGUUUACACUUUACUGCAAUUUAUUUCAAACAGCACAGCUAAAUUCUUGGUGUGUACACAAAUGCAGAAUAAUGAGAAGUAGAAUGUGAAGGGGGACGAGGAUUUUUCAUUUUGAUAUAUACACACGUUUUUAGCCGGGUCUACCACCGCGCCAACGCUGGCCGAUCAGGCUCUUCUGGCGGCUAAUGCAAUUAUGGACCCUGCCAAUGACGACGACGACAAGAAGAAGGGGGCUGUGCAAGGUGCACUGACAACAAACAUCGUCAUGGAACUCGCAGAGGGCACAGUUGACCAAGCCAUGGCCGAUGCUGUCCAGGCGGAUGUCGAGGCUGCGGCGAUCGAGGCUAACGCGAAUGCCGCUUCGGUCGCCGCGAAGAUCGUGGACGUUGUGCAAGCCAAGUUGACAGCAGGUACUUUUGUUCUGGCUGCAGGUAGCACUUCAACUUCUAAAAUUUGGUUUCGAAUGUACUCACCAGAAGGGAAUUAUAGCAGAUACUUCGCGAAUUUAAGCAGAUCCAAAAGUUGCCGCUUUUUAUCAUUUUGGCAAGCAUUGUGAGGACGAAGGUCAAGCCUUGAUCGUCAAGGUAGCAGGUCCAGGUGGCACUCCCCAUGACGUCCUGGCUGCAUGCUGGAGAAGCUUACCGCUGAAUCCGCUUGCGCGAGGGUUACGCACUCGCUUGGGCCGAUAGGGAUAUUAGAGAGGGCGACUGAGAAGGGCGGUCGGCCCCUCCAGCCAACAAAAUUCGGCAUUGCUGCCCCAGUUGCCCUCUGACCUGCUUCUAGUAUUUUUGUUGGAGCAGGCGCAUUCUUUAGCCUCACCAUGAUGGUGCUCCAUCUUGAUUUUUGCGCUAUGCAGCCUCACCUCGUGUGCCUGCGUUGCCUUGCCCCUGUUUUACGAUGUGGCGUCGCGUUUUCAGUCUUUACGGCACAUUCGUAGAGGCACACGCGGCCGCUCGGAAGCAAAGCAGCCCGCCGCGACGUUUUUACUCGCGCGCGCCAAAGGUUUCGGCGCAGGGGUGUUGCGCGUUUCAUAGGGCGGCCGGGAAUAAAAAAAAACAGCUGGUGCUGGCGGCCGCGGCGCGGAGCCACUGCACGAGACGCGGCGCUACUUCGCGAAAGCAUUAAAAGCGAACAAAUGUUCCGCGCGCAGGUCGCCGAAACAAUUCGCAAAGCCAAUAAGUUAGGCCCUCCGUGUGGAGGGUUGAGUGAAGCUGUCGUGUUUCGUUCGGCAGGAAAGCUCGGCUUCUUCUUGCGUCGCUAGCGGCACACAAAGAAACCGGCCCCUCCGCCCGGAGGGGGCGGUUUCUUUAGGACCCGGAAGUUCCGAAAGUGCCAACUUUCGUUGUUUUCUGGGUAAAAGGUAGCGGUCCGGCUAUCAAACAAACCGCCCCCUCCGCGCGGAGGGGUCUGUUUCUUUCUGGGCCGCCAGCGGCGGACGAAGAAACCGAAAAUAAGAAAUCGACCCCUCCGCGCGGAGGGGUCGAUUUCUUAUUUUCGGAACGGCGCGCGCAGCGCGCCGAAGAAUUUUUUUUUGUUGCGUCCAGCACUGGCCUCGGAAGCAAGUCGUGGGCCACGCCUCCGCGCGGAGGCGAGGAUUUCUUGUUUUCCCAGUGUGGAGCAAGAGCAACGACAACGACGAGCCAUUCCUGAGGAGGUGGGCGCCACGGUUGUCUGGUUCCUUCCUUAUGCGGCAUAGCGCGCGCGCACUGGCGCCGUGGGGCUGCGCUCCUUAAGGCGCAUGUAGCGUGGUGCGUGCGUUGUUACGGGCCUUUUGUCCGAGGGUAGCACCUGUCGCGCAGGCGCCGCUGCAUGGGAUUCCGCUCCGGAGCUCGGUGGCGACUCGCGAGAGACGAAGGGCAUGAGCAUGCAUGGGACACCGGCGCCACGACAAAGCCAACCAACGGGCUGUAUCUUUGUUUGGGGCGCGCCACGUUUCGCCCAACCUUUUUUCGCUGUGUUGUUUCUGGAAAAUCAAAACUCAUGGUCAUGCGGCAACUUUUUGCCUCUGGCGGUGUAGGGUUCGACCUUCGUUGGAUGGAGUUAACUCUGCAGCAGUGGCGCCCGGUUUUCUUACAAGCUGCCGGCCGCCUUGUGCGAUGGAUCGGCGACGCAUUCUCCCCUGCCCUCGCCAAGGCAGCCGCAGCUUCUCUGGCGCCGGGCAAUCUGCUUAAAUUAUUGAAGUAUCUGCUUCUACUACCUGAUACACAGUAAUCGUAAAAGUAAGUUGAGUCUGCCAACAUCGUGGUGAAAUGUUUAUUCAUAUUGAUGAUUGUUCUUGUGGUAAGUUGAUGGCCCAAAAUAAAAUAAAGAAAGCUCAGCGACAAAUCCGCAAGGAUGAGCAAACAAAGGGCUUAAAGGGUUAAGGGAAGGGUUUAGGGACAAGGCAACUGGGCGAUGCAACUGGCUGUAGCUUCGUGUUUUCCAGUGUUUCCCGGUGGCGUUUGCGUGCCAUCGCUCAAGCCUCGGCUACGGCGGUGUUGACAGGAAGGGAGAGCAGAGGAGGCUCUCUUAGGACCUGCCAGCUUUGAGGAAUCUGUUGCUUGGACACGAGGAUGGGCAAGCAGAGGCGGCUUGUUUUGGACCUCGUGGCUGCGCGGAGGCUCUUGGUAGGACUAGCACGGAAGAGGAGGUAGUGCAAGUCCCGCCUCCUGAAGCCAAGGAUUAAGGGCGCCGCAGUGCAAUUUUUCCGAGGCAACUCCCCAGUCUUGGCUGUUCGACAUCAAAGCGGGCGUUUUUUUAGUCAAGUUCUGGUGGCAAAUUGUUGAAACACAGCUUGCCAGCCACUUACUCUCAGAAACUUCUCAACGAGCACGUACAACAGUCACUCGCUCGCCUAAAGAAGCGAGCAUGAGCAACCAACUGAUAUUCAACACCCACGCCAGCAUCCACACCGGCCACUGCAGAGCUGUGCAUAUCAACUGUAAAAAUGUCUGGGUCUGGAAGAAUGCAAGUUUGUCAUGCUUGUCUGGCAUGAUUCGAGACUCUGUGUUGCAUAGGCACGAAAAAGCACUCGCGCCUGUCAUGCAAAAACGCAGUUUGCCAUGCGGAAUACGUUAGACAUGGCAGCCAGAGAAUUUGUCAUGCAUAGCUGCGUACUGCAGUGCGUCUAUCAUUCAUUUUUAGCAUUACAAGUUUCCAGACCCAGACACUUUUGCAUUUGAUAGCGCACCUGCGUGAACGAAGGCGACGUGGACAAGUACACUGCGCCAGCGUCUUAUGAAAGUGCACAAGUCCCCCUCCCGCUACCCCUCAUAAUUUGUGAUGCAACAUACCGAAUCCACCACUUGUGCUGAAGCAGUGUUUGCAUGACAAAUUUCGGAACCUGAAACAGUACUAGAGUCCGUGAGUAGAUUUGUCAUGCAGAAGGCCGCCCAUUGCUGCCGUUGCUUGUGUAGUUCCCGUUCAUGCAUUACAAAUGGGGGGGAGGGGGAGUUGUGCAUUACCAUACGCCUGACGCCGCAAACCAGGCCUGGCUGAAUACCAUAUCAACUGCAAAGGUGUCUGGGUCUGGAAGAGUCCAAGGUUUGUCAUGCACUGGUAGCAUGACUCCAACUCCAAGUCCAAAGUCUGUCAACAUGCACAUUUAGUUAAUACCCAAAAGCCCCAUUUUUCUGUCAUGCAGAAACGCGUUUUGUCAUGCUGUGCUGCAAGAUGAAAUUGCAAAUGAGGCGUCCUCAUGCUCAUGAUUGUCCUACCCGCAUGACAAGUUUCCAGACCUCCCAGGCAUUUUUGCAAUGGAUAUACCACACUGCAGGACGAUGGUUCCUACCAAGAUACCACCUACGGGGAAAAGUACGUGGAUCAGUACAGUGGGUACGCCGACUACUAUCGUGAGAAAAAAGUGUUACAGUUACACACAACUCUGACGCAAGACAAGCAAGACGGACAACCUCUGUCAUGCAGAAAAUGCUUGCCAAUGCCAGCGUCGUUUCAUUCGUGUUUAGUUCAUCCCUUAUGGUCUACUGCGCAUUAUAUAUUAGAGCGACUUUGUGAUGCUGAAACGCCAAUAAAUGUGUAACUGUAUAUAACACUUUUUUCCUGUGAUAAGUACGGCGAAUACUGCCUCGGGUGGGAAGACGAGUGCGAUUCCGGCGUGGCGGGUGAUAACACCCAGUGCACCAUCACGGACAAAUCGACCCAGUGCAAUGUCGCGGAGGCGUCCUUAACGACAAACACCGCCACGGUCACGGUGCCCGCUAUACAUUGCAAAUGUGUCUGCGUCCGGGUCUGGAACAAGAUUCUUAGACCUGUCAUGUACGUGUUGUAUGAGCAAUGAUGUCUGGUGGUGUGAUGCAUGCCGUAGUAGCGACGGCACAGAUUUAUUCCUGAGGGCUUCUCGAUGCCUAUCUUUCCGCGUGACAAAUCUUCUCGUCGCUCCACGUAGCAAAAACUACAUUUAUUCCCUUUGUUGCUCAUGCGACACAGAUCGUUUAUUUGGAAUCCAAAUGCAGCAUCACACGUUGCAAUUGCAUUCUUCCAGACCACCCAGAAAUAUUUGCAUUUGAUACCUGCGUGGUGCGCGCAGAAGUGGUGCUACGUGCGAACGGCCAGCGCACCGAAUGGCGCCAUCGCCAAAAAAGACGCCAUAUGCAUAAUGCAAAAGUGAUCGUACUUACUCGUAAAGAGCAUUGCAAAUACAAAUUUCGUUUCCAGAAGUAGGAACAAAAACGCGAAUUUGUAUGCAAUGCUGAUUGAAUAAACCAAAUAAGCGUCCAGAUAAGUAAUUUGAUGUCAUGCAUAGCGGCAAUUACGUUUACGACAACGAUGAGUGCGAUACUUUUGCAACCCAUAUGCGAGUGCGCCGCCGGCCUGUUCCAACAUCGCAGACAUGACCAUCUCGCGGUACGGAAACUUUAACAUUUGGUACUCCUUAUCCCAGCGAGAAAUGCAGACAGGCCAUGUUUGUAAUGCGAAACUGAAUAUGCUUAAUAACGAACAACGAAGCACCAGUCUGCGUUCUUGCGUAUGUAUCCCAAGCACCACGACGCUUUGGGCUCGCACGUGA